AUGUUCCGCACCGCCAGAGAAUUAACGCGGCCAUCUUUGAGCCAGGAGGCACAAAACACCCACGAUUCGGGCUCAGAAUCCGACAACGAUGAGGACACAGACAGGAGACAAGAGCCUCUCACGAAGGCAGACCUCCACAACAUGCUCAAAGAAGCCACAGCCGAAAUAAAGGCCCAUACAGCGGCAGAAUUAGAGCGGCACAUCUCAGGCAUUAAGGAAGACCUCGAGGCCCUCAACACUCGUGCAACACAGGCAGAAUCAGACAUUACACUGCUCCAAUCAACCUCAUCGCAACAUGGGCAAGACAUCUAUUACCUAAGCGACAAGAUACAGUAUCUGGAAGACAGCUUAGAAGACUUAAACAACCGUUCUCGCAGAAAUAAUAUCAGGAUAAGAGGCCUACCGGAAGCUGUGGAUGCCGACGCCAUUUUACCCACGCUCCGCGACCUCUUUCACACAAUACUACCAGACUCCACCGAACAGGAAUGCGACAUCGAACGGGCCCACAGAGCACUGAGGCCCCUGGCGCUCAAUCCCACCUCACCUAGGGACGUUAUAGUCCGCAUGCAGCACUUCGCUACAAAAGAAAAAAUAAUGGCUGCCACCAGGGCCUCACCACCAAAAUAUGGAGCCUCCACGUUGGCCUUUUUUCAGGAUCUGGCACCGUCUACCCUAAAGAAAAGAAGGGACCUGAAACCCCUGACGAUGGCCUUAACCAAAAAGGGUCUGAAAUACAGAUGGGGCCACCCUUUUAAACUACAAGUGCGCCUGGACGACCAAGACCACGUUCUACACCACCCCGCGGAAAUGGAGGACUUUGCUACAGCCCUGGGCCUCCAGCUCUUCACCGGGACGCAGGCAGCCGACCGGUACAACACAGCUCACGGAGAACAUCACAGAGCAGCACAACCACCCCGAAACCAAGCUAAGAAGAGACCCCCACCACGGGCUGAGAAUACCGACCCAACGGCUACCUGA